AUGGGCUUUACCGCCAUCUGGAUCACGCCAAUUGUCGAGCAGAUCCCGCAGACAACAACUGAGGGAACAGGGUUCCACGGGUACUGGCCUCAGAAUAUAUAUAGUGUCAACUCUCAUUUCGGAACCGCCGAUGAUAUUCGGGCAUUGUCCAAGGCUCUUCAUGACCGGGGAAUGUACUUGAUGCUGGACGUUGUGGCCAACCACAUGGGGUUCAAUGGCCCUGGUGCCUCCACCGACUUUAUCGACGGACUUCGCAUCGACACCGCCAAGCAUGUUGAGAAGGACUUUUGGAGUGGCUACACGCAGGCUGCUGGAGUCUAUUCUGUUGGUGAAAUUCUCCAUGGAGACCCUGCAUAUACCUGUGGUUACCAGGUUUACAUGGACGGUGUCAUGAACUAUCCCAUAUACUACCAACUCGUUAACGCUUUCAAGUCCUCGAGUGGUAGCAUCAGCAGCCUUUCAAAUAUGAUCAGCUCUGUUGCUUCUAACUGCAAGGAUCCAACUCUCCUUGGGAAUUUCAUAGAGAACCACGACAAUCCCCGAUUUCCGAGUUAUACCAGCGAUAUAUCGCAAGCCAAGAGCGUGAUUGCCUAUAUAUUCCUCACUGACGGUAUUCCUAUCAUCUACUCCGGCCAAGAGCAACAUCUUUCCGGCGGCGCUGAUCCAUACAACCUCAUCGCUACGACAAACAAGAUCCGCAGACUUGCCAUCUCCAAGGAUUUGAACUAUCUCCCAGCGAGGAACAAUCCCUUCUACACAGAUAGCAACACUAUCGCGAUGAAAAAGGGCUCCAGAGGCUCCAACGUCAUCACAGUCCUGACCAACUCCGGCUCCAACGCCGGCUCGUACACUCUCAACUUGAACAGUCAUGGGUAUUCGUCCGGCUCGAGAUUGAUUGAAUUGUACACAUGCUCUUCCGUUCAAGUCGACUCAAACGGCAACCUACCUGUACCAAUGUCAUCUGGCCUCCCUCGUGUGCUCGUUCCAUCCGCUUGGGUAUUAGGAAGGGGACUAUGCGGCGCUUCAUCCACCACUAGCCUGGCCACCCCAACAGUAACUUCUACCUCUGCUGGCACCUGCGCUCCUUCCACGGCGAUUCCAAUUAUUUUUAAAGAACGGGUGGCCACCUCGUAUGGGGAGAACAUCUUCCUUUCCGGUCCAAUCGACCAGCUUGGGAACUGGGACACUUCUAAAGCAGUUGCACUGUCUGCUAGCGGAUACACAUCUUCGAACCCGGUGUGGAGUGUGAAGCUGGGUUUGCGUACCGGUACCUAUUUCCAGUACAAAUUCAUCAAGAAGGGGCAGGAUGGAAGUGUUACGUGGGAAAGUGACCCUAAUCGAUCGUAUACUUUGCCCAGCGGGUGUGUUGAGACCGCAAUAAGCAUCGCUGAUUCGUGGAGAUAA